AUGAAGACUACGUGGAAAGAUAUCCCUCCGGUGCCCACCAACCAGGAAUUCCUGGAUAUUGUCCUUAGUCGUACACAGCGACAGUUGCCCACUCAGAUUCGUGCGGGCUUCAAGAUCAGCCGUAUUCGAGGCUUCUACACUCGAAAAGUGAAGUACACCCAAGAGACAUUUGGCGAAAAAUUCCAAGCGAUUUUGGAUGGAUUUCCCAGACUACAAGACAUUCAUCCUUUCCACAAGGAUUUGAUGAACACGCUGUAUGAUGCCGACCAUUUCAGAAUUGCCCUCGGUCAAGUCUCGACCGCAAAGCAUUUGAUCGAAACGGUGUCCCGCGACUACGUCCGUCUCAUCAAAUAUGCUGGGUCUCUUUUCCAGUGCAAACAGCUUAAGCGCGCUGCUCUCGGUCGCAUGGCCACCAUUUGCCGACGCCUCAAAGACCCGCUCGUUUAUUUGGAACAAGUUAGACAACAUUUGGGUCGUCUACCCUCGAUCGACCCCAACACCCGAACUCUCUUGAUUUGCGGAUAUCCCAAUGUCGGAAAGUCCAGCUUUUUGCGUAGCAUCAGUCGCGCGGAUGUUGACGUUCAGCCCUAUGCUUUCACAACCAAGAGUUUGUUUGUCGGUCAUUUCGACUACAAGUACCUCCGAUUUCAAGCCAUCGAUACCCCCGGAAUUCUCGACCACCCUCUGGAGGAGAUGAACACCAUUGAAAUGCAGUCGAUCACUGCCAUCGCCCAUUUGCGGUCCGCGGUUAUGUACUUUAUGGAUCUGUCCGAGCAGUGCGGUUACUCCGUUUCCGACCAGAUUAAGCUGUUCCACAAUAUCCGGCCCUUGUUCGCCAAUAAGAUUGUCUUUGUUGUGGUGAACAAGAUCGACGUUCGACGACCGGAAGAUCUUGAGCCUGAGGUUCAAGAGGAGAUGCAGAAUAUGCUCAAGGCAGACGACGUUGAGCUUCUCCAGCUUUCUUGCACUACCACCGAGGGUGUAACCAACGUUAAGAACGCUGCAUGCGAUAAGUUGCUAGCGGAGCGAGUUGCACAGAAGCUCAAGUCGGGAUCCAACAACGCUGGCACCCCUGGUGGAAGACUUGGCGAUGUUCUCGCGCGUAUCCACGUUGCACAGCCCAUGGGUGGAGCACAGCUCGAAACAUUCAUUCCCGAUGCUGUCAAGAACCUCAAGAAAUACGACAAGAACGACCCAGACCGGAAGCAGCUGGAGCGGGAUAUCGAGGAGGAGAACGGCGGUGCUGGUGUUUACAACGUCGAUCUCAAGAAGAACUACAUGCUUGCAGACGACGAAUGGAAGCACGACAAGAUCCCCGAGGUAUGGUACGGAAAGAACAUUUACGAUUACGUGGACCCCGACAUCGAGGCCAAGUUGACUGCCCUGGAGGAAGAGGAAGAGAAGCUCGAGGCAGACGGCUACUACGAGUCAGACGAGAGUGUAGAGGAUGCCGAAGACGCCGACACCCGCAUGAAGGCGGAUCUCAUUCGCGAGAAGCGUACUUUGAUGCGCAACGAGGCAAAGCUCCGCAAGUCCCUCAAGAACCGCGCGGCCAUCCCCCGCAGCGCCAAAUCCAAGAGACUCUCCCAGAUGGAGCAGGGCCUGGACGCUGCCGGCUACGAUGCCGACGCCGCUGUUUCUCGUGUCCGUUCCCAGAGCCAAUCCCGUGGCCGUACGACGACCCGCGACAUGGACGACGACGCGAUGGAUGUCGACCCCUCCGACCCCAAACAGGCAAUUGCCAGGGCCAAGGGCCGUGCUCGCAGCCAGGCUGCUACAAACCGUCUGCAAGAUGGUGUUACCGACGAAACAUCCCGCAGCAAGGCCGAGCGCCUCACCAAGCUGAGCCAGAAGAAGAUGAACCGUAUGGCCAGACAGGGAGAAGCCGAUCGACACCAGACCGUGUCUCUCGUGAAGCACUUGGUUGCCGGCAAACGUGGUAUGGGCAAGACGCAACGUCGUUAA